GUUGACAUUGCGUUUGGCAUCGUGGCGAUCGCUCGGACAUGCACCGUCUGGCCCAUGUCGUCGCACAGCGCAACGUACGAGCAGUGCUCUUUGACCUCACGAGUUGCCACCACUCGUUGCAAUCGACGUGCGUGGCCGUACCUGCCUUGGUCAAGUGCGGGUUUCGCGUUGGCCUGUUGACGUCGACGGCUUCCGAAACCUUCGCAAGCGCCGACAAGUCUGUCUAUUGCACCAUGGCAAAAGAAACUUUUGCGCAGGAUGCCGCGGCAUUUCUGCAAGUGUCGACGGACAGAACCGUGACGUUUCAACCGCGCGGCAGUGUCACGUUGGCGGACGCCGUCCUGGCCAAUGUCCACUUUGACACACCCAACGAGUUUGUCGACGAGCUCCUAGGCUUUCCCCACGCGCUGGACCCGCAGUGGACGCAGUUUGGGCCAUUUCCUAUCCGUCUAUCCGAAGUAUUCUACACGUCGCCGCUGUCCAUCGGUCUCGUGAACCUCAAGCCGAUCGUACCAGGCCAUGUACUCGUCAUUCCUAAACGCCGCGUCGCGCGGUUCCUCGACCUGGAUGCGGACGAAGUGGCCGACCUGUGGCACACCGCGCAGCUGGUCGCCAAGCGGUUGCAACAGUAUUACGCAGCCGAUGCCUACACGUUUUCGAUUCAAGACGGGCCCGUUGCCGGGCAAACCGUGCCCCACUGCCACGUGCAUGUCCUACCCCGACGCCCGCAUGACUUUGCCAAGAACGACGAAAUCUACGACCACUUGGGCAAACAGGACGCAACGAGGCCGUUUGAAUUGGACCCUGACGACCACCGCGUCCGUCGAAGUCUGGACGAAAUGGCGGCGGAAGCCGCCGUCCUUCGCGAGAUCCUCUCCAAGUAGCGACAACACGCAUCGCACUCGUGACAUUGGAGUGAGUUAUCCCAACAGGAACGACGUCAACAGAGCUUUGUCUUGUUCCACAA